UGAUCCCAACAUAACCGACCCCCCCUGUUCGGUUCGACGAGGCUAUCGGCGUCACUUGGGCCUCCGUCGUCCACGGCGGCAAACCCUAAUCUGCCAUCCGUGUGUACCCCGCGGAAGCGGAAGUGGAGAGGUUCACGUCUUGGGCGACAACCUGAUACCGACGCGUACUACGGUAUAGUUCCUGUCCAUCGUCCCCAGCAGCAUAAUGUGCCAUACGUUCCGCACAUUGUGCUCUAUGCGGUACACUGCGAAACUGGGGCAAGCUCUUGGCCAAGAUACGUCAGCUCAUUGUCAAGCUAAGCUUUUCCAACAUGUCUUCGGCCAGGGUACCUGCCCCCGCCGCCAAUUGGGUCGUCGGGCACAUCAACUCGACGCUCGCACCCCGUCUCACGGCACCCCGCCGCCCUGAGCGACGUCCCCCUACCCCACCCGUCCCCUCUCCUCGGCCUCCAACUCCGGAUGUACCGAUGCGCUCCCCCUCUCCGCGUUAUGGUUCGUCCCGCUCGCGCUCACCGACGCUCACCCACGCGCUCUCCGACCCCGCCCCCCCGUCGACGUGCCCGUCGCGACUCGCCCCGUCGUGUCCGUUAUGACUCGCAAUCACAUUCUCGAUCCCCAUCGCGCCAACCCUACAGGACCCACACCCUUCUCGACCCCGGUCACACUCGAUAUCGACCUUCUUCUCAACGCCGGGAGCAGGACCCCAACCAUGAGUCGGACUUUUUCAAUCAAUUGAAGUUGAGAUGCCACCAACAGCUGGACGAGUACUUGCGAGGUUCCCAAGGAAGGCGGGUGGCUAAGGGUAUGUAUGUUUUGGGCCUGGCAUCAAGAGGCAUGGACGAAGACUGCCACCGAUAGGCAGGAGUAGAGCCAGAAGCCUUCGGUUCGGACAGUCGCAACGGGACCCCGUCUACUGCGCACAGUGCUUCGAUUCGAGACAUCUCGUUCUUCACUACUGAGAAAAAGGAAUCAACCCGUACCUCUACCAAGGACUGGGCAACGGAUCUCGCCAGAGAUGGUAGGUCUGCCGAACUCAUCCUGAUCGAGUUCCUGUCCCAGUGGAAGGCCCCGACACCGGUAGUAUGGUCGGCGGCACGCCAGGCCUCGGUUACCACACUCUCGACCCGUCGAGCGACAGCGUGCAAUUCGUCGAUGUGACGGGCUUGACGACCGAGAUUUCAACUCGGUUCCCCCGUCAUUUCCCCUCCGCCAAGUAUACAAUGUCCGUCACCCCCAUCGACGAGCCGACCUUGGGCCGAUACCUCCGGGCCUACAAGGCCCACAACCUCGCCUUGGCGGGGAAGUUGGAGGACCUCAAGCCAGGCAUUGAGGUUAACGAGAGCGGAAUAGGGUAUACCCAGGACCGCAUCGAGUUGCGGUCCAAGACCUUCUGCUUCAAGGGCGCGGAGAAACGGAUCUCUGGCGUGUCUCUGACCAACCCCGAAGAUGAGCAUCCGGUCAUUGCGACCUUCCUCGGCCAAAAGGACGGCAGCCGCUUCCGACGUCGCCCUUGGCCCAAGGCCUUCAUGCGUACGCCAUCUGGUGGUGCGCUUCCUGUAUCUUUUCAUUCCCUCGGCGCGUUGCCCGACACUGCGAUCCUGAUAUGCGGCUUUGCAUUGGAAGGGUACGUGAUGUCUGGUGACUCGAAGGCUGGUAUCGAGUGGGUGACGGAGAUAGUCAUCAUUGAGGGACUUCUGGAGGAGAAGGUUUCCGUCGGCACAGGCCCGAAGACCCCUUCGAAAAGGAAGGCGGACGUCGAUAUGGACGUCUUGCUCGGGCUGACUUCUGGCAAGAAGGCCGCUGCUGUUGCUGUGGAUUCCGCCCCCAACACUCCGACCAAGUCCUCAGCUGUUGCGGCUGCCACUGCCCUGGUUGCUGGGUGCUGGUUCUCAGACCUGCCAUAGACCACUUCACCAGCACCGCAGACAAGGCUCGCGGCGUUCCCAAGGCCGGGCCCAAAUGUGGCAAGUGCGAUCAUAACGAUCUAACUGCAGGACUCCCCGCGUCAGGAAGGUCCAGGCUGUGGCAUAUUCAUGCCCCAAACGAUCGAGAUGGUGAUGCGCGGCCGCGAUCCAGUGGCAAAGGGCUCUGAGUUUGAAGCUGAGCACAUGGAAUCCUUCCGGAGCCUCAUGCGGUACGAGAUUGCGACCGAGGGCUUGCGAGUAGAGAUGAGUGGGCUGAAGUUGGUGAGGACUAUAGACAGUCAGUAGAGAGGGUUAGUGGGUAGCUAUCAUGGUUCCAUGCGACUAUUACUCAAACAUGGCAUGAAAACAUUUUAUGGAGUGUUGUAUAGACGAGGGAAAGGUCCAUGAAAUGAACAGAGUGACUGGACAGUGG